ACUCGUCGCCGGAGGAUGGGGACCCGCUCUGGAGACCUGGCUCGGCCCCAGAAUGGGAACUUGGCUCUGGCCCCCGCGGGCUCCCCGCACCCCCCUGGGAAGGAGCUGCCUGCGGCGGGCAGGCAGGACCCCGGGGCGGGCACCAGGCCCCCCCGGCCGGAGAUGGACAUGCUCUACAGGAUCGAGGACGUGCCCCCCUGGUACCUCUGCAUCCUGCUCGGCUUCCAGCACUACCUGACCUGCUUCAGCGGCACCAUCGCCGUCCCCUUCCUGCUGGCCGAGAGUCUGUGCGUGGGCAAGGACCAGCUCACCGUCAGCUACCUCAUCGGCACCAUCUUCACCUGCGUGGGCAUCACCACCCUCAUCCAGACCACCGUGGGCAUCAGGCUGCCCCUCUUCCAGGCGAGCGCACUGGCCUUCCUUGUCCCCGCCAAGUCCAUCCUGGCCCUGGAGAAGUGGCGAUGCCCGCCUGAAGAGCAGAUCUACGGUAACUGGACACUGCCCCUCAACACGUCCCACAUCUGGCAGCCCCGCAUGCGAGAGAUCCAGGGGGCCAUCAUGGUGUCCAGCCUGGUGGAAGUGGUCAUCGGGCUGCUGGGGCUACCCGGGGCACUGCUCAGCUACAUCGGACCUCUGACCGUCACCCCCACCGUGUCCCUCAUCGGACUCUCCGUUUUCCAGGCGGCUGGUGACCGGGCUGGUUCCCACUGGGGCAUCUCUGUGCUGACCAUCUUCCUGAUUGUCCUGUUCGCCCAGUACCUGCGGCAGGUCGCCAUCUGCGUGCCCGGCUACCGGCGGGGCCACGGCUUUGUCCUGCUCCGCGUCCAGAUCUUCAAGAUGUUCCCGAUCAUCCUGGCCAUCAUGCUGGUGUGGCUCAUCUGCUACGUGCUGACCCUCACCGGAGUGUUCCCCAGCCGGCCCGACGAGUACGGCUACAAGGCCAGGACUGACGCCCGCGGGGAGAUCCUGUCCGUGGCACCCUGGUUCCGUGUCGCCUACCCCUGCCAGUGGGGGCUGCCCACGGUGACCUCGGCAGCCGUGCUGGGCAUGUUCAGCGCCACGCUGGCGGGCAUCAUCGAGUCUAUCGGGGACUACUACUCCUGUGCCCGGCUGGCAGGAGCGCCGCCACCCCCUGUGCACGCCAUUAACAGGGGAAUUUUCAUCGAGGGCAUCUCCUGCAUCAUCGCGGGGCUCCUGGGAACCGGCAACGGCUCCACGUCCUCCAGCCCCAACAUCGGCGUCCUGGGCAUCACCAAGGUGGGCAGCAGGAGGGUGAUACAGUACGGAGCCGUGAUCAUGCUCCUGCUGGGCACCAUCGGCAAAUUCACGGCGCUCUUCGCCUCCCUGCCCGACCCGGUGCUCGGCGGGAUGUUCUGCACUUUAUUCGGAAUGAUCACGGCCGUCGGCCUCUCCAACCUGCAGUUCGUGGACAUGAACUCCUCCCGAAACCUCUUCGUGCUGGGCUUUUCCAUGUUCUUCGGGCUGACGCUGCCAAACUACCUGGAUUCGCACCCCGGGGCCAUUAACACAGGUGUCCCCGAGCUGGACCAGAUCCUGACCGUGCUGCUGACCACGGAGAUGUUCGUCGGGGGCACCAUCGCCUUCGUCCUGGACAACACCAUCCCGGGGACGCAGGAGGAGCGAGGGCUGGUGCAGUGGAAGGCAGGAGCGCACUCGGACAGCUCGAGCAGCGCCAGCCUGAAGAGCUACGACUUCCCCUUUGGCAUGGGCGCGGUGCGGAGCUGCCGCUGGCUCCGGGCCGUGCCCAUCUGCCCGGUGUUCACCGGGUUCCGUGCCCGGGCCGGGGGCACGGCGGCCGCACAGGGCCCGGAGGGCGCGGACGGGGUCUCGGUGUGCACCAAGGUCUGA